AAGUCAGAAACCCCGCCUAUUUCUAAAACGUAUCUUUUUAAAGUGUGAUUGUAAACCUAACCUUAAAUUAAGUCCAAAAAUAAAAACACGUGUCAUGAAGUUUGACUUUGUGGAUGUGGUAGCCGUUGUAUUGUCAGUGAUUAUUUUAAAGCCGUUUCCCCUGUCUAGAUUCAUUUUGAUAUUCUCAUCUUUACUCAAGGAGGUCUCGGCGUAAUCAUUCAUGGUGUCAGGCGAACCUAGUGCAAAGAAACUCCGACCGUUCGAGGAGAAAAAGGAUAACGCAUCAGAAAAUUAAAAAAACUUCAGAGAAAGCUCCAAAGAGGAAAGAGGGAAAAAAAGAGGAGAAAGAGGAAAGAGGAAAACCCAGCCUUAAAUCUGUGUUCGGCUGGGAACCCCCUUCUGGACUGUGGUGGACAAGGACUUCCUGGAGAAGUCUGCCUAAGGUAGACUUGACAAUGUCCAUGAUGGUGUACCCGAGGGAAGAGAAGCUGGAGAAGCUGUCCCAGGAAGAGAUCAUCUCCAACACCAAGCUGGUGAUCCAGGGCCUGGAGGCGCUGAAGAAUGAGCACAACUCAUUCCUGCAUAGCCUGCUGGAGACCAUCAAGUGCCUGAAGAAAGAUGAGGAGGCCAACCUGGUGCAAGCGAAGUCCAGCCUGCUGCGCAAGUCUGUGGAGAUGACUGAGCUGGGCCUGGGAGAAGCACAGGUGAUGAUGGUUCUGUCCAACCAUCUGAACGCAGUGGAGUCUGAGAAGCAGAAGUUGCGAACCCAGGUGCGUCGGCUAUGCCAGGAGAACCAGUGGCUCAGGGACGAGCUGGCCAACACCCAUCAGAAACUGCAGAAGUGCGAUUGAAGCGUGGCUCAGCUGGAGGAGGAGAAGAAGCACCUGGAGUUCAUGAACCAGCUCAAGAAGUACGACGAGAAAUCCUCUCACAUCGUGUCUAAUCGUAAGUGUCUAAGAAAUGCGUAGAUGCACGUACAAACGUUUACACAUAUAUACACACACAUACACCCACGCUAUUGGGGGUUUGAAGUGUAACCUUUAUCACAUUUCAUCACAGGUUAUGGUGAACUAGCUUUUCUGUUUUCUCCCCUCAAUCUGCUUAUGAAUCUUUUCACCAUAAAGAUUGGGUAUUUUUUGUUUAAGCAAGCAUGUACUGCUUUUCUAAAUGCCUAUAUCGCAGAUCUCCACUGUAACGGGGUGCUUUAAAAUGUAAUUUUUCUCACCCUGCCUACAGUAAAGC